AUGCAGCCGAGUAACGUUGGUGGGACGAAAGUGUUUGCGUGGAAGAAGUUUGCGAUGUGCGCUGCGUUUCUCGUUGAGGUGAUGUGGUUUCGGGGGUUGGGGGAGGAUACAUUCUUCUGGCGAGGGAAUGGGAACACUGAUUUAGACGCGGAAGGAUACCAAACGGACACAGCGCCCUCCCCUUCCAAAACGCACCACCAACAAACCCAACAACCAACAACACCAGUUACCUGUCGUCCCCGCUCCAAAGCCAGACCCAGAUUCCUACGAAUCUGA